GACGCAAGAAGCCUGCAUCGCGGGGUUCCUUGUUCGCAUAGCCUGGAUUACAGCCACAGUCUGUGGCUGAGUCCUUCUUCGCUCCAGCGUCGCUGCCUUCAAAAAUAAGCCUCAUCCCCUUUUCGAGAUUGGACAUUGGACACUGUUCCGUACAACGCAGAAUGCAGUGACAACCACGAUGAGCAGCACAGACCAGAUGACGCCGACCAAGAUCGUACGCCGGUUUACCGAGGAGCUGGAACCGGCGUCGGAUUUGGCAAUCCAGACGAAAGAAUUUCAGAAGCGCCUGGACGACGAAGUCGAGUCUCGGGAUAGGCUCCGCAUGGAUCGGAUCUACAACGGCCAGAAUGGGCAGCAGAACACAUUCGCCGGAGUUGAGAUCGCACGCCAAGCGCUCCAAUCCAAAUGCGACGAGUUCUUUGCUUCGCUCGCGCAGAAAGAGGCAGCAGAGAAGAAGAAAACGUCUGUUUUGCGGUUUGGGCAUCGGAAUCAGACGGAGCAGAAAGUCGCUACGCAGCUCCGCGGCAGUGGAGAGUUUACCGUGGCGCAAGUCAAUAGUAUUACGAAGCAGCUUGAGACGCAGUGGAGGGAGUCGAAUAGUAAGGUAGCGACCAACUUCAUGAAAGUCUGUCAGAAGCUCGACGGGCACAAGCAGAUCUUCCAGUGGUUUCCGAACCAAACGUCGUAUACGUCAACGCUAUGCGGUGCUGUCGCGAUGGUGAUUCAGGCCACGGUCAGCUACUCCAACAUCGCCGAACAACUAUCAGGCUACGUCGCCGAGCUCUCUGAGAGCAUCGGCAUAUGCACAAUAUGGCUAGACCUAUACCAAAAGCCCAGCAUGCAGAAACGGCUCUCGGACAUCUACACGCAGUUCUUCGACUUCUUCAUCAAAGUCGCAAGCUGGUACCUGAAGCCAAAACCGUCACGGUGGCUCGACUCGUUCAAUGCAAAUUUCUCCACAGGCUAUGAGAGUACAGUCAAGCUUAUCAGGAAUUCGAUUCAGCUCAUCAGCGAAGAGGCGCAAAUCCAGAAUGCGUUUCAGAUUAAUGCGAUCGUUCCCCAGAUUGAUCAGUCCCUGGAUGCAGUCGAGGCGAGGAUUAUCGCGCAGGUUGUGCAAACGAGGAAGGAGACGAACGAGGUUGGGAGAGGGAUGUAUAGUCUUCUUAUGGAGACGGCGAGGGAGUUGGAUUCUCUAAAGAAACAAGUACAGGAGAUACAUGCAUUAACAGGAUCACCGCCUCAUAAAAUGAUGGCCAUGGCACCCGACAACACCGUCACGCAAACAAUCGAGCUGGCGGACGGGGUCUCACGACAGGAAGCCGAACAGCUUUGCGAGCACCUUCAGUCCAUAAUCGACCAAGUCGGCGGUGGCGACGGAAUAAAGCUCGCGAUCCAAGCCGGGAAACUCCUCGCCGAGCCGGCUAUGGUCCAUGUCCUGGGCAAAUGGACCCAAGCGACAUCCGGAGACGCCCAGAUUCUGUGGAUAAUGAGUCCCUACGAAAUCGGUCCGCAGACGAGCGCACAGCUAGCCGCCCUCGGUGUCAUCCGGACUGCCAUCCAGGCGAAGGCGCAGUUUGUCUCGUAUAUCUGCCAGCGCCCGCGGUUCGGUGCCGGCUCACAGUUUCGAACGGCGGAGGAUAAAGUCGGUGUGCUUGCGAUGGUACUUAGCUUGAUACGCCAGUUACUCCAGUUCCAGCCCCCCGAGGAUAAAGUCCUCAUACCCAAAGAAAUGAUCGAGACCCUCACAGAACCAAUCGAUCAGAGCUGGGCCGCUGCAAUAGGCAUCCUCCGCAUCCUCCUCGAGCACACACCAACGCUCCGCUACGUCAUGAUUUCCGGACUGAAUCGCAUCGAGGGCGGCGCGCGCGAGAUGGUUCAAGAAUUCGUCGACGUCCUCUUCGCGUAUGUGAAUACGGUGGGCUGGCCUGUGCGAGUCUUGUUUACGACGUCGGGCCAGUCGAGGGUGCUCGGGCUGAGUGUCCCAAGGGAGAGCAAGGUGCUGUCGAACAGUACGUUUCAUCAGAUGAAGGGGCGGACGAUGUAUCGGCAGUUGGAUAUGGUUGAGUAAACGGGAUUGGCCUUGCGCGUUCAUCAAGUGUGUGGGCAUAAUUGUAUUGGUUCCCUUAUUCUCCAAUGGCGAGAUCAUUCGAAAUCUGCAUAGAGUAGGAGCGAGGACGGUAGCUUCUGAGGCU